AUGGAGCCCAGCUUUGACGAUAUCGUCAGUUUGUUUGUCGAUACUUUCAAUGUUGAGCUCAGCAAAGAAGAAGGAGCGACCUCCAGACAAUUCGACAUAUGUUUUCAGGGUCAAAAACACGAGCCCGAAAGACACGGCUUGGGUAUUUCAUGGUGA